AGUACAUGAGAAGAAACAAGCGCAAAUCCCUGAAGCAAACGGCGACGCAAGUACUCACGGCCAGCCGUCAACGGAUAAACCCAUGGACCACCCAAAACCGCUUGCUAUAAACCCAAACCGGCAAAACAUCACCUCAUCAUCAUCUGCAGUCCUCUUACCUCUUACUAUACAAUUCCUUCGUUUCCAACGACCCAACGGAGCCUUUCUCGCUGCCACUGCCACGCGGGUCCCGGACCCGCACGUCAUCCACGCGCGUCGCCGACUCAGGAGUCGAUAACGCCCUCGCUUUCUCUGCUUUCCUUCCUCCGGUUCCAUUCCAAGUCCACCUGCCCCUCCUCCCUCCCUAUCUAUCCUGUACUCUCUCUCAGUUUCUCUCUCCCCCCGUUCUCCGUUCCACAUCGCGUGCGCAUUGAGACGACGAGUUUCUAGAGCGCCGUACCGCGCACGGCUCCCGAGCCCCACCGCAAAGCGCCGGAAUCGUGAGCGCGUCCGGCCUCGCCUAGCUGCUCCGCGCCGAGAGGCGGCCGAGGAGGACGGGCGAUGUACCCGGUGGUGACGGGCACGCCGCCGGCGCGGCUGCCGGCGGCGUCGCGGGUGGACAAGGCCACGAGCCACCUGCUGCAGGGCCCCGACUGGGCCGUCAACCUCGAAAUCUGCGACACCCUCAACGCCGACCGCUGGCAAACGAAGGAUGUAGUAAAAGCUGUGAAGAAGCGAUUGCAGCAUAAGGAUCCAAAAGUUAAAUUCUUUACUUUGACGUUAUUGGAGACAAUGAUGAAGAACUGUGGUGAAUAUGUUCAUUUUGAAGUUGUUGAUCAGCAUGUUUUACAAGAGAUUGUUAAAAUUGUCCAGAAGAGGCAUGAUAUGCAAGUGAGGGAUAAGGCUUUGUUACUUCUGGAUUCAUGGCAAGAGGCAUUUGGUGGACCUGGUGGCAAAUAUCCACAGUACUACUGGUCAUACAUUGAACUAAAGUUUUGGAAAAACGUUUUACAGAGGGCAGGAGUAAUGUUCCCACAACGUCCUGUAGAUGCUCCUCCAAUAUUUACUCCUCCUGCAACACAUCAGGCAUAUGGUUCACCUAGAUAUCCUUCUGGAAGUCUAAAUGAGAGAAUCACAUCUGAAGCUGGAACGUUGAGCUUUGAGGGCUUGAAUAAUAUUAGAAAUGCAACGGAACUGCUGUAUGAUAUGGUGAAUGCUUUGAACCCUGCUGACCGCAUGGCAGUUAAAGAUGAAAUUAUUGCAGAUCUUGUAAAUCAAUGUCGUUCAAAUCAACAAAAGCUCAUGCAGUUUGUCAGUUCCACAGGGGAUGAAGACCUGCUAAAGCAAGGACUAGAAUUAAAUGAUCGCUUACAGAGUGUCCUCACAAGACAUGAUGCUAUUGCUUCUGGUUCUCCAUUACCAGUUGAGACACCGAUUAGAGAACCACAGAGAGAGGAUCCAAAUCCUGAGCCAUCUACACCAAUUACACAUGAUAAUAAGGCUCAAGUUGAAGAGGAUGAAGAUGAUGAGUUUGCUCAAAUAGCACGAAGAAAAAACAAAUCUGUGAUAUGCGGUGAUGAGGCAUCAUCGAGUGCUGGUGAUCAAGCCCUGGUACCUGUUGAUCCAGCACUUUCUGAAGUUUCUUCGGUUGAGAGCAAUGCAAUAGUACCUCUCGGCGCAACUUCUGUUAGUGGAACCAGGACGAAGGAGCAGGAUAUGAUUGACCUUCUCAGCCUCACCUUGUACAGUCCUGAAUCAUCAGAAGACUCUUCAACUCAGAACCAAAAUGGGAGUCAGCCGAGUGUCACAUCAAAUGGAUCAGAAACACUGCCAAGCUAUCAGCCUGCUGUGGCGAACGGGGCAAAUUACCCUGCCAACACCCAGGUUUAUCCAACAAAUCAGGGAUAUGUUCCAUACAAUAACUAUGUGGCACCAUGGGCCCAAACGGGACCGGUUGCACAGCCUGGGGCAUAUUCGACUCAAACCCAGCAAUAUGUGUCGAGCAAUCCGGCACCCCCAUGGGCUAUGCCUGCAAGUGCCAAUUCAGCUAAUCCUUUCCAGCCUGUGACAUACCAAACGCCAAACACUCCUCCUGCUGCUUCUGUUGCCCCUUCAGCUGCUCCAUCAGCGCAACAUGUUCCAUCUCCAGAACCAACACCGGUGCAAAGUUACAACUUCUCUAUUCCUCAAACAUACACUGGUUCGAACGUGGCUACAAAUGCUCGGGUGAACGGAAAUCAGCGGCCAAAAGAAACUCCAGUGGCAGCAGCCAGACCAUAUUACAUGCCGGACAAUUUGUUCGGAGACCUGAUCGACGUGAAGAGUUUUGGCGCCGGAAGCAAGAUCAGCAGGUCUACCAGCAUGCCGAGUCCAAAGGGUGGUGGCCAGCCUAUGAUCGGUAGAAACAAAUAGGCCUCUGCUGUUUAAGAUAGGGAUGAGCAUAUAUUUAGCUGGUAGCCACUGUCGUUUGGUUUGAUGUAAAUUUGCUGUCUUUUUUCACGUGUCAAUUUGCGGAUUUGUUACUUUGGUCAAUUUCGGAGUUGCUGCAUGUUUAACUUUACUAGAGAAUUGUAGAGAAGUCAUUGCUCCAGAUGAUCAGUGACAUCAUUAUCGUGACGGUUUGAUGACGGAAACCAUUGCCUGCUUCGUGUUUUCCAUUCUCAUGUGACCUGAUGAUGAUCAUGCAUAUUAAUUUAAUACGUGAACAUUUUAUUUUGGAUUGUA